CGAUGUUGUGCCCGGCGCAUCAGGUCGGCGUUACCCUGGCCGAGUGCGGGAGUUGCGCGGAGGGCGCUGAGCAGCGCUGAUGACGGAUGCCCAAAGUUGAUCCGCAGAGCACGUCACCCUCGCAUCUUUGCGAUUUGCACGGCUUCGAUGAGCAUGCAGAAGGCCAGGCUGCCCACCUCAACGCCUGCAGGAUAUUGAUGAUCGACCGCAUCGCAUGGACGGCUUGCUCAGCCCCGAACCACGAAUCACGAAUGGGUAUGGCGUGCAUACAUGCUGUAUAUUAUAUAUGAAGCUGCGGCGCGGCGCGGCGCGGUCGGGCAUCCGCAGCGUUAAUUGGAGUUCAUCACCGAAAAGUCACGGCCGGGCAACGCCGCGGCUGCUGCUGCAUGUGCUGCGCCCCCGCCCCAGCAGGAGCAGCAAUUAACAGAGGCACAUCGCAUAUUCGGGCUUGCGCGCGUGUGAUGGGCGUCCGCUCGCUCCCGAUGCAACAAUACUUGCUCACAACCACCACCCCGCAUGCUGAUGUGCGAGACUGGAUGGAACUCUGCUGCGAGUGCAUCAGCGGCUACUUCAGGCAGCCCAUGCUUGGAUGCAUCCACGUGGUGCAUACGUCCGUAUACGUCCUUCAAGAACCGAGCAACCGUAUGUGAAUAUGGAACAUCGACUACUCACAACUCGCACGGUCUGUCUUUGGUGCCCCACGUUGCGAUCAAGCGUCUCCAAAUCAAUACCGGCAACGCAAGGCAUCCGUGAACGGAGCUCGGCGGUGACUGCUGCCGAUGGUUCACGAGUGCCCACCGAGAAUGUAGCAAGCCCGUACGUCGUCCUUAUCGCCGAACGAUCACGCACGCACGAUCCAAGGUGAGCCUUUGCCAAUCGCUAAUGGGACAUCAUCGUCGGAGCAACGUCCCAAGAUGCGCCUCGACACAAAGAGACCCGCAAGCUGCAUACCGCUCCAUCACCAGCCUGCGCUCUGCAUCCUCGUCUUGCCAUUCUUGGCAUCGCCUUCUUUUCCAUCGCGCUAGACUAUUUGGCAGGGCCGCGCUAUCCCGCAUCGCUGCUCGAAAGCCUUGCGAACACCACUCCCACACGACUCUCGACUUGGCGUUCCAGCUGACUUUAAUAAAAUUGAAAAAAGACUCGGCCCGACCGGCGUUGCCAGCCAAGCCUGUGCCAGACAGCAAAGAAGAUGUUCCGAUUUUAGCUGAUCGGUGAGCUUUUUUCGCCGUGCGCGGAGGGUCACAAGAUCCGAGCAACCUGGUCCCACGCUACCUCCGCGCGGCACGCUCAAUCGAUCGAUCGACGUCGGGUUUGCGUAGUAGCGACAUGCUGCGAUGGCGUCCUGCUUGAGAUGCCCUAUAAGAAAGCUCGAAUCGCGUCCUCACUUUCUUCAACGACUCACGGUACAAACAGCUUCGAACUUCAAAGUACGCCUGCUACAGCACUCACUCACGUAUCAGCAU